UCCCCCGGCUGGUCCGGGGCGUUCGGGCACCUCCUCGACGGUGGCUCCGCCGGACGCGCGGACUGGACCGCAGCCCGCACCCCGAGCGGACGGCAUCAUGAGGCACCUGCCGUACUUCUGCUGCUGCCAGGUGGUGCGGAGCUUCGGUCGCGGCCCCAAGCAGCCGGGCAUCCCUACAGCUAACUUUCCUGAACAAGUAGUAGAUAAUCUUCCAGCUGACGUAUCCACUGGCGUAUAUUAUGGUUGGGCCAGUGUUGGAAGUGGAGACGUCCAUAAGAUGGUGGUGAGCAUAGGAUGGAACCCAUACUACAAGAAUACAAAAAAGUCCGUGGAAGCUCAUAUCAUGCAUACUUUCAAAGAGGACUUCUAUGGGGAAAUUCUCAACGUGGCCAUCGUCGGCUACCUCAGACCAGAAAAGAACUUUGAUUCUUUAGAGUCACUUAUUUCAGCAAUUCAAGGUGACAUUGAGGAAGCUAAGAAACGACUAGAUUUACCAGAACGUUUGAAACUCAAAGAAGACAAUUUCUUCCAGGUUCCUAAAAGCAAAAUAAUGAAUGGCCACUAAAGGAAAAGCAUCUUAUUUAUUCAUUCACUGUUUUCUAAUAUUUUACUGCUCAUAACUCUACAGUCUCAUCUUGGUUAUAUUUUAAAAAUCAAACAUUUUCCUACAGCUGUGAAUUAAACAGUACAAUGUAGUUACCAUA